AUGCAUCACGAAGUGACGCGAGGAGAAAGGAGAUCCAUUUGGUUGGAAUUCCAUGCAUUCCAAAGGAUCUUUAGGAUGCAGCUCUGGAAGGACACGAGUGUUUUUGCUGGGGACGUUGAGAUUGUCAUGAAGGACCCCUCAGAACCCAUCGAUGUCUCUUUCAUUUAUUCAGGCAACCUACAAGGUGAGGUGUCUUCGUUCUGCCACGGGUCCAUCCUCAACGGUCUCUUUGAGGGAUUUAUCCAGACCCAGAACGGCACCUAUUACAUUGAAUCUGCUGCUGUGGCCAAACGGUCUCUGGAAGCCCAUUCCUUGAUCUACCACCAGAGAGACUUAGAUUAUAAGCUUCUGCAUGACUCUGAAUCAGCAUCUUUGGCUCAUAAAUUGCACCAAGAACUGCAAGAUUUCCAACGGGAGCUAACAGCAAAGGCAAUCCACACACAUCGGCCCAAGAGGAGUUUGAAUUAUUCAAAGACUUCUUGUCUGCUUCAUCUUCAAGCAGACCACCUUUUCUACCAACGCUUUGGCUCUGUGGAAGCUGUGAUUGCCCAGAUUGCCAGCUACGUCAAAGCUGUGAAUGCCAUUUACGAAAAAGCUGAAUUUGGCCGGAUCAGGAACAUCGAAUUCAAAGUUAAGACGAUCAAAAUCAUCCAAGAAGAAGACCCUUCCAGGCCCCCUUUCCUCAGUCCGGAGGUGCUUCUUAUGCUGCAUUCGAAAGCCAACUGGGACAGUCACUGCUUAUCUUACCUGCUGACCGACCGGGAUUACAGUGGCGUUCUUGGCAUUGCCUUCAAUGGGCAACCAGAUGACGCUGGAGGAAUUUGCUCAAAAUACCGACGUUUCCAGGACAAGGAGGCCUCCCUGAACACAGGGCUGAUCACGCUACAGAAGUACGGCCAGCUUCUUCCUCCAAGGAUGAUCCACAUUACACUCGCACAUGAACUUGGGCACAGCCUGGGGGCCUAUCAUGACGAGAGCAAAGAAUGUUCCCGUUUUGACAUCAACACCACCCGGGGAAAAUAUCUGAUGUUCAAUUAUGCCACGGAUGGGAGCGAAUUCAAUAAUGACAAGUUCUCUCCAUGCAGCAUCGCCUAUAUUUCAAAUAUCCUGCAGCGCAAGAAGGAUCGUUGCUUUGCCGAAACCGACCGCCCCAUCUGCGGGAACCGGAUGGUGGAUCCAGGGGAAGAAUGCGACGUGGGCAGUGAGGAUCUGGACGCCUGCUGCUAUGGUGCCGGGGAACCGAGUGGAAUCCAGUGUCAGCUGAAACCAGGAGCUGCGUGCAGCCCGAGUCAGGGACUCUGUUGUAACCAGAAUUGUGUCCUUAAACCCCCGGGGCAACCGUGCCAGGAAGAGAGCGACUGUGCUUUGGAAAGUGUUUGCACUGGAUCAACCGCCACGUGUCCAGCGCCCCUCCCGAAAGCCAACUUCACCCCCUGCGGCAUGGGGCUCCGCCUGUGUUUGAACGGGCUCUGCGAAGCGUCCCUCUGCCUCCAGCAUGGAUUGGAAGAAUGCCAGUGUGCCUCUAGUUCCUUGCAAGGGAGAUGCCAGCUUUGCUGCCAGCUGCCAGGACAAGCUGAAACCUGUGCCAGCACCUCCUCGAAGAUGUGGGACGAUCCCUUCAACGGUUCAGACAUCCCGCUCAUCCCAGGGUCACCAUGCGGCGACAAAAGCGGCUACUGUGACAAAUUCCACGUCUGCCGCUUUGUAGACGAAGACGGGCCCAUCGCAAGGGUGAAAAACUUCAUCCUGGACUUCAUUGAAAUGGACGACCUGGCCACCUGGAUGAAGACACAUUGGUGUGCUAUCCUUCUAAUGGUUUUGACCUUAGCAGCCAUGAUGUCUGGCACGGUGUUCCUCUUUGGAAGGACGGUCAGCAGCGAAACAGACGAAAAAUCCACGAGGAUCUCUGACAAGGCAGGAUCUGUUGAACAUCUGAGGGAGAAACAGCAGACUUUCUUUUACUGGGAAAACAAGAUUUCUAUCAACACCAUGCAUCAGGACUCUUUGCUCAGCUUCCAGCAAGAGACAUCGGCCAACUCCACCCUCGCUGUUGUAGCACAGAUAACACCAGCAUCCCGCAAUCAAUCACCCUCGAGUGUGAGCAGGAAAACGGUGAAAGGCAGCUGGGUCAAAGGGGAGGCAACACUAUGCUGA